ACAGACCACCAAGCUUGAGAUUCAUGGAGGAUGGGGGGAAAAACAUUAUAGAGCUUCACAUUGAGCAACAAAGACAACUUUGCAUCUGAAAGCUGUGUGAGAUGCACAGCGUGCACAAGUGCAGCGUGACGGAAAGACUUAUCCAGGAAACCCAGCAGUGACGAGCCGGUUAGCGCAACUACUUUUCCUUCCAUUGGGUGGAUUGAACCAUCAUGGCGACACAGGGGGCCUGGCCUUGGUUCCUGACUUGCGCUUUGCCCUUGCUCAUCUCCACGGGUUCAGCUCAAGAACCAAAAGGCUUCUCUAUCCCAGAACACGGAUUUUGCCAGUCCAUCUCGAUCCCUCUGUGCACCGACAUCGCCUACAACCAGACCAUCAUGCCUAACCUACUGGGUCACGCCAACCAAGAAGACGCCGGGCUGGAGGUUCACCAGUUCUACCCGCUGGUCAAAGUCCAGUGCUCGCCGGACCUCAAAUUCUUCCUUUGCUCCAUGUACGCACCGGUUUGCACGGUUCUGGACCAGGCGAUCCCCCCUUGUAGGACUUUAUGCGAACGGGCCCGGCAGGGCUGCGAGGCGCUGAUGAAUAAAUUUGGCUUUCAGUGGCCUGAGAGGCUACGCUGUGAGAACUUCCCUGUCCACGGUGCUGGCGAGAUCUGCGUGGGUCAAAACACAUCUGAGAGUAAUGCUCCCCCGCCAGCUCCGACACCGGACCUCCUCGAGCGCUUGAACUUUCCGUCUGACCCUUCGAGCAACCCGGUCUUCUCCUGCCCGCCGCAGCUCAAGGUGCCAGCCUACCUCAGCUACCGCUUCCUUGGCGCCAAGGACUGCGGUGCCCCCUGUGAGGUCUCCACACCAAACGGGCUGAUGUACUUUCGAGAGGAGGAGCUAAAGGUCGGACGGCUCUGGGUCGCUGUCUGGGCUGUCCUGUGUUGCAUCAGCACACUCUUCACCGUCCUCACCUAUGCGGUCGAUAGCCAGCGCUUUCGGUACCCGGAGAGACCGGUGGUCUUUCUCUCCGGUUGCUACUUCAUGGUGGCGUUGGUGUAUGUCGCCGGUUUUCUCCUUGAGGACAAAGUUGUCUGCGUGGACAAGUUCAAGGCGGACGGUUACAGGAUGGUGAUUCAAGGCACCAAGAAAGAGGGCUGCACCAUCCUCUUCAUGGUGGCCUACUUCUUCAGCAUGGCAAGCUCCAUCUGGUGGGUCAUCCUGUCGCUCACCUGGUUCCUGUCGGCAGGGCUGAAGUGGGGGCACGAGGCUGUCGAGGCAAAUUCCCGCUACUUCCACCUGCUGGCGUGGACAGUGCCGGCGUUGAAAACCGUCACCAUCCUCGCCAUGGGACAGGUGGAGGGCGACCUCCUGACCGGUGUGUGCUAUGUGGGCGUGUACGACGUGGACGCCCUGCGGGGCUUUGUGCUGGCUCCGCUCUUUGUCUACCUCCUCGUCGGUACUUCCUUUCUGCUGGCCGGCUUUGUGUCGCUCUUUCGCAUCCGCACCAUCAUGAAACUCGGCGGUGCUGAUACGGACAAGCUGGAGAAGCUGAUGGUGCGGAUCGGCGUGUUCGGCGUGCUCUACACGUUACCUGCCGCCGCUGUGGUGGCCUGCCACUUCUACGAGCAGGCCCUGCGUCCGCGGUGGGAGCGCACCUGGCGCAUGCAGACCUGCAAACGCUUCGCUGUGCCGUGCCCGUCGGGAAACUUUGCUCCGCUGUCCCCGGACUUCACCAUGUUCAUGAUCAAGUACCUGAUGACCAUGAUCGUUGGGAUAAUGUCCAGCUUCUGGAUCUGGUCCAGAAAGACCGUGCAGUCCUGGCGCCACUUUUAUAGGAGACUGAGUGGAUCUGAGCUGGGCGAUGCCACGCUUUAGCCACGUUUCCGUUAUUACAUUGAGAUCUACGAUCGCCACUGCUAUUGCUCACCGUGGAAACAAAUAACACUUGCUCUCAUUACACUGUAUACUACAAGGGUCUUUAUCCUUUUUGACAAUUCUUGGCUACUGAAAGGGCUACUAGUGUGAUACACACUUAAAUUAAUUUGAUAAUAUGAUUAUUAUGUUAUUAUGAGAUAAUCAUGUGAAGACACUGGUCAGCAUUUUUCAUUGUUGGGAACCAUACAAUUCAAUAUGCAACACGUUAGUUCUAUAAAUCUAAGCCAAUUUUCAAAAAGCACUUCGACAACAUUCCUAGAAAAUCACAAUGUCCAUCACUAGAGCAGGGCCACGGACACCUUGUAUAAAACCACCAGAUUUUAUUUUUACGCUGAGCUUCAGCAAAAUCAUCAUGGCGGUUCUGGAAAUUUUUCAAUCAUAAUUUGAUGUUUGCUCUUGUAUGAUAUUGUGAGAUUUGUUUUAAAAAUAAGUGAGUUGAUUUCUUUUUUAUGAAUAUUUAUAAAUCUUACACAACUUGUGAGGUAACCUGAAGAUUGCAAUUUUUGCAGUUGUUUUGUCCAGCUUCUCCAUCACCCAGCUUCACGGUGGCGCAAAAGAGUGACACGUGUAAAUGCCCUGCGUACCCCUUCCCUCGUACAAAGUCACCUUGGAUAAACUCCAACGCACAGAGCGACAAGUGUGAGCCUUCCAACUUCAGAGACCCGGGCCUCGGGCACCGCAUCCUAUGCAAUGUUGGCUGGUGAUGGCUACAAAGUGUUGCCGUUUGGCUGCUGAUGAGAGCCAAUGAGGUGAACAAUGUGAGGUGGAUACUUCCUUUCUUGUUUCUAAACUCCAUUGUCCCGAGUAGGAAAAGAGCAAUUAAAGCGACUCUUUUAUGUUGAGGUGUUGCACUGCGGUAGUCGCUUUGAGCAAUCACGUUUGACCUGCGACCUCUCUAUUCAUACAUAAUGUGAUUACAGGUGGAUAGAAAGAUAGAGUACAGAACUGCAGUAUGGAAACAAUGAAGCCAAUUCCUUUUUCUUUUUUCUGUUCAUUCAAAACAUUUGUGUUUGAUAUCAAAAGAUUAGCAUAAGCGAUCUACGCUUUCGCUUUACGUCAGAUUUGGAGAGAAUAAAAUGAUUUGUAGCAAAACAUUACAAUGUAAGGUGAGCAAAAAAUAGUGUAACAGUCAUGCUUCUGGCAAACUCCUUAUUGUUGUUUUAGAGCAGUGUUCUGGUUCAUUAUUAUUGCAUGUUCUUUUAAAUGGCCAGACGUCUGAGUGCAGCAGCAAAGUAAAUGACACAUCACAAGCUAUUUAAAAUG